CUCCUGAGCUCACAGUCCCAGUCAUGGCGGAGGAGCUGUUUACUGGAUGUCAACAGUGGCCAAACACCAGAGAUGCUUACGAUCUGCAGGAAAUCCUCGGAAGCGGGGCCACAGCGCUGGUGCAGGCCGCCUUCUGCAAACCCAAGAAGGAGAGAGUGGCCAUCAAACGGAUUAACCUGGAGAAAUGUACCACCAGCCUGGACGAGCUUCUGAAAGAGAUUCAAGCCAUGAGCCAGUGCAGCCACCCCAACGUGGUGACGUAUUUCACCUCCUUCGUGGUGAAGGACGAGCUGUGGUUAGUGAUGAACCUGCUCAGUGGAGGCUCUAUGCUGGAUAUAAUCAGAGGAAUCAUCAGUAAUGAGGAACACAAGACUGGCGUCCUUGACGAAUCGGUCAUAGCAACUGUGCUCAGGGACGUGUUGGAAGGUCUGGAUUACCUGCACCGGAACGGACAGAUACACAGGGAUGUUAAAGCCGGCAAUAUUUUAUUUGGGGACGAUGGAUCGAUACAAAUUGCAGAUUUCGGAGUCAGUGCCUUUUUCGCGACCAGCGGAGAUAUAACAAGAACCAAAGUGAGGAAAACCUUUGUUGGGACUCCGUGUUGGAUGGCCCCAGAGGUGAUGGAACAGGUUAGAGGUUACGACUUCAAAGCAGAUAUCUGGAGUUUCGGGAUAACCGCGAUAGAGUUGGCCACUGGAACCGCUCCGUACCACAAGUACCCCCCGAUGAAGGUUCUGAUGGUGACAUUGCAGAAUGACCCUCCGACCCUCGAGACUGGGAUCGAGGACAAGGAAAUGGUGAAGAAAUACGGAAAGUCCUUUCGCAAACUCAUAGCCCAGUGCUUGCAGAAAGAUCCUGCGAAGAGGCCGUCAGCAGCAGAGCUUCUGAAACAUAAAUUCUUCCAGAAAUCAAAGAACAAGGAGUACCUGAUGGAGAAAGUGUUUGGCCAGUUAUUAAGUGGAGGACAAAGGAACGCUAAGUCCGAGAACACAGUGCAGGCGAGUGGGACGGUGCCAAAGGCUGACAAUGAGUCAAACAAAAAGGUGCGGAGGGUCCAGGGCUCUAGUGGUCAUCUCUACAAGACGGAGGAUGGAGGCUGGGAAUGGAGCGACGAGGAAUCGGGUGACGCUUACAAUGAACGCAAACCUCCUGCCUCGCAGAAAGCAGAACAAUUAGGAAGUCCGUCACAUCUCAGUAACUGCGACAAUUCAGUUCAUCUUGUGCUUCGGUUGAGGAAUUUAAGAAGGGAGUUGAAUGAUAUCCGAUUUGAGUUCACUCCAGGAAAUGACUCUGCUGUUGGCGUUUCACAGGAGCUCGUCUCUGUGGGUUUGGUGGAUGAGUUUGACAUGAUUGUUGUAGCUAACAAUCUGCAGAGGCUUAUUGAUGACCCCCAUUCCAACAGGAGCCUAACGUUCAGACUGGUCUCGGGCUGUGAAGGGCUCACUCCAGAUGAAACCAAACUGAUUGGAUUUGCACAGCUCAGCAUCAGAUGACGUUACCCCUUCGCAGUACAGCACCAAAGGACGUGUCGUCCUACCAGAUCCUUACCCUACCCGAACCAGAGCACUUUACGGUUUAAUUAUCAAUGCUUUAAAUUGACUUAUGCAUUCAAGGAGACAGGACCAGCUCAGUAUUGUAGAAAGAAACUCAUUUACCCGGCACUGGAACCAACUUAGAUGUCUUUGAAUCUCUUGGGCGGGCUCAUUUUUUUCCUUGAAUGGAACUUAAGAGUUUUCAAGUAGUUAAAUUCAAAGUGUGAGACCUCUCUCUCUCCCUCAGGCUCCCCUCAAAAGUUUGUAUCCCCUCCCUCAGGUUCACCGUUGAAGGUAAGGAAUGAAAAAGAGUCCACAAAACAGAAAUAUUUAUAGGCUAGUGUAACUUCAGUGGAGUUUACAGUGCUAUUGUCACAUUUCAUUCCAAUCUCGAUCAUAUAUUUUAUAUAUUAUCCUACUGGAUGUUUAAGCACUUACCGGGAAUGUUAUACUUAAAUUGAGCAGACGUCCAGUGCACAAAUAAGUCUAUUUAGUGUCAUGCUGAUCUGUAGUUAGAAUUAUAGUAUUGCUUAACCAUCUCUAUGCAAAUUACGAGGCUUCACUCACCAGUUUAGAUGGGGAACCAUUUAGCCAGUGUCAGAGGAGUGUCAAGAGCUGGGAGCAAUACUGUUCAUAUAUAGCACAUCUCCGGUACGUAGGUAGACUGACAAUGAACAGGUCGGCACCCGCAAUGCUAAUGGAGGGAGUCGGGGUUUUUCGUCAGGCAAUCCUUACCUGAGGGUGGGAUAAUUCAAUCUCUACCAGAAAAUUUGUUGGGACAGAAAAGGCACUUGUACGCCUUCUUUUCUCCGGGCUAUCCAUCAGAGGUCUGAAAUAUUUCGUUGAUUUAAGCCUCAGGUCUGUUGCUUUCAGAUUGUGCGGAAUUGAGGAAAGUUUAGCAGCCGGUUUCUUUUCCGAAUUAAGAUGGAAACAAAACUUAAGAAUUGUCCAAAAUUGGGCGCCGUCUUCAAUUUUAAGACAAUGGACCUAAAGGCUGAGAUCAUGAAAUUUUGGGGACUUUUGUUUUCUUGCUUUGCCCAAUUAGUCCUGGUUCUUCUCAGGAACUGUCUAGAUUUAAGGCCAUUUGCCCCAGAUGUCAUUCAGUAGAUAGCCUGAACAAUUACAUGAGAUUAAAUUAAAAGCAGUACCGUGUAGCCUUCAGGAGCCAGAUCAGGGGAACGUUGACUUGAAAACACCAGUUUUGAAACCCAUUCCUCAGCGGUUUGAGUUCCAUUCCUCAGUGGUCCCUGUUUCGGCAUUUGUAAGGGAAAGGAAAGCAUUGAGGGUGAACAUUCCUUUGUGUGCCCACUCAUGGGGAUAUUUUAGUAACUCAACCAGGGAAGUGGUGCUGUGAUGUGAUAUGUGUGGACAGAGUGGAAUUCCUUUAAACAAAGAGCCAUGAUAAUGUGGCAUAUAGAGUGCCUCGGAAAGCCAAAGACAAAGUCAAUUUAGGCAUUCUACAGGGAUUGAUAGAUACUUGGUAAGCAAGAAUAUUAAUAAUUAAUAAUAAUAUUAAGGAAUAUGUAGGAAACGGCUUUAAAAUGGAAUUAAAGAGUAGACAUACACUUAACUUUCAGAGCAGAUACAAUGGGCUGAAAUGGUCCACUCCUAUUCCUACGAAUGGUUCCUACCAACUGUUAAGUCAAGAUGUACAACAUGUAGAUGCCAUUUAUUCUGAAAAUCAGACGGUUUGGGUGGGGGAGGAAGGAAGGCAUCAAGGUUCUGGUUGCUCGAAAACAACCCAUUUGGGAACUCUUCUAUUCAAGGAAGGUAGCAUUUUUAAAGCCCACUUAGUGGUCUAGAUGUUUGAUGCUUUUUAUCUUCUGUCCGAUCAGAAACCGUACUCUCCCAGUCAGGAUUUUCCCUGGGCAAUGAGUUAGAGGCUGUAUUCCAUGACUGAAAUGGAAUAUCUGGGCACAUACUUAUAAUGCACUUGGUAAUGGUACUGUACUUACUUUGGGGAAAAAUUUGUCAUCUGAUAGAUGGAACGUUCUCUCGAGUUGCCUUUUCAACAAGGAAACAGCAACUUGCAUUUAUAUAGAACCUUUCAUGCAGGGAAGCGUCUCGGCGCUGAAUUCAAUCGAGGCGCGAUGAAAGCAGUUUCAGUCUCUGAGAUAAGGAUUCCUGCAGACUGUCUUCCUCUGUAAUCAGCAAUACCUUAGUCCUUCCUGGGACCAGGUGGAACCUUGUCCCAAGGAAUUUCAGGCUUACACACCACAGUCCGGUCCACCGUUUCCUCUCACCAUCGGUGUUGUUCAUUUUAAGUGUUUCUCUCAGAGGAAGGGUUCUAGGUUUCACUCCUGCUCAAGUCUGCUCCGCAGCACAACUCGAGGGUAAGAACAUUUUGUGCAAAGAUUGCAUUUGCGGAGAUUUGCUCCCAUUACACUGGAUUUGGUAGGAUCUGCAUUAACAAUCCAGAUUCCAAGGUUAUGUUACAAGAUGCUUCAGUGAUCACUGGAAUCAACAGUUACAAACUGGACUUAUGCCCCUACCGAUAAUGUAGCUGUCGCCACAGCGAUGCUCAGAGGUGCUAUCUCACUAUCCUGGGAUGGAUGUACAUUCCUGCCUCCAGAGACAACGGCACAGAGGACAACAGGGUAAAUGUUCAGGAAUUUCUCAGUGCAGUUGGUUCCUCUGUCAGAGGCAGAAAUCACUGGGAUAAACUUUAUUUUUUUAGAUGCCAAAAAGGAAUUUAGAAUCAAGAUGUGCAGAAUGUUAUUGGUACAAAUUCUCUCCCUUUACCACAGCUCAUUUGAUAGACGCUCCUAAGGUCCGUCAAAUACAUGAGUCACGCAGACCAGGACAGCUCCAGGUUCAAUUCCUGGGUGGCUGUUGGAUGCGUGAUAUAGCAGUGGUUAGACAAAAAAUCAACCAGGUUCCCACUUAUAUAAAGGCAGUGAGUUCAAGUUUUUCCACAUUCCUCUCCCAAGUUCUCACUAUCACAAGAAUAUUUGAAGGAACCUUUUGUUUUGAAAACAGUUCCAGAGCUAUGCAUCAUGUCUAGAGUGUGUCAUAACAUUAAAGGGCAAAAGAGUCCACAAUUCAGGACUUUUACAAAGGAAAACACGCUUACUCCCAAACCAAUGUGACAAGCUACAAAUCACAUCCCACAUCCUCUCCGCUGCUGGACCCAAUAUUGCUUCGCUGAUACUUGUCAUUUGUAAUAAACGGGGCAUUAGAUUCCGAGCAAGAGGUGAUCACUGGACCAGGUUCAGAGGAGCGAGGAGUUAAAUACACUUAAAACACGUAAAGAAAAAGUAUUCGUGCCUGUUAAGUCUGGAAAGCAAAUUGUUGGUGUUCUCCAGGGUGUGCACCAAAGAUGCUGUACUAGAACCAGGAGUAUAGCUCGUGUGGGAGUUCAUUUUAAAGUCUUACGUGAAGGUUUUGCUGGUGAGCCCAGUAGGCCAGUUGCUGUCUGUACAUUUGCAACUGACCUGAGAUGUAAAAAGGAUCAGGUGAAGAGGAAUAUUUUACAGUGUGUUAUCAUCAUAGGGAGAUUAAUUAGCCAGCGUUUUCUGGAGUAGCAAAAAAAAAUCUCCACAAUGAAUAAAUAAUAAUGGUACACGAUUUGGAAAUCGUAAACGCACAGAAGGGAAACCAAGUCUAGUUCAUAAGCCAGGAGGUGAACGUGACUGCAGAACGUGCCUUGUAUUGCUGCUUCCUACACGGAAUAUACUUGAUACUAAACGUGAAUGACGAUUGUAUGGAUUUAUUGGCAUACGGGUUUCCAUGUAUGUAAAGCUGCUAGUGCUCGCACCUUUCAGAUGCUUGAUGUACUGUACCCUGUCAUUUCAUUUAACAACUGUGACACGAAUGCAGAGACUUGUAAAAGGAUCCAGCAUGUUCCAUAACGUUUUAAUUAUUAGACACAGUAACAUGUGCCAGGAACGUAGGCUGUUGCACUAUUAUAAAAAAAAGCUCUUAUAACAAUA